AGGCACUACUCUUCGUUUACAAAACCGUAACUCUUGGUUCCAAACGACUGCAUAAAACAAGUUUUUCAAAUUGAAUGUUAGUAAGUGAUUGUGAUGGAGACCAACUCAAAUUACUGUAAAGUGUGUAUGAUAUACACCAACUCAGCUGAUCAGUACUCGAUGCAUCUGCUAGGAAAGGCGCACGCAAGGAAAGUGGCUAAAGCUGCACAGCCACCAACUGUCACUAGCAGUGCAGAAACAGGAAAUGUGACCAGCAGUGCUGAUACAGUUGCUGUGGCAACCACAGAAACAGAGACGGUCUCUACAGAACAGCCCAAAGCUCCCAGUGAAUCAACAGAAUCUUCUGCGCCGGUGACAGAAGAAGAUAAUGGCUCCACAUCAGGAGAGAAGAAAAAGGUGAAAAAAGAAGUCAAAGAGAAAAAGAAUGAAGAAAGUUUUUGUGCUGUCUGUGUUGUACGCCUCUCAUCCAAGUCACAGGCAGAUAUGCAUUUUAAUGGGAGCAAGCAUAAGAAGAUGGUCAAUCUUAGGACAGCAGGAAAGCUUAACACUGGUGUGAAAAGAAAACAAGAAGAAUUCUGCGAUAUUUGUAAUAUAAUUUUGUCAUCUCCCUUAAUUGCUGAUGCUCAUUAUGCUGGAUCCAAACAUGAGAGAAAAUCAAAGCUUGCCAAUACUUUAGGCAAAACUGAUGGGACAGGUUUACCUGUAACUCAGCAGCCGGGUGGAUACCAGUACCAGUUUGCCCAGGCCUCUGCAGAUGGUGCACCACCUGAGGUCCAGUCAGCCCAGCCCACCACCCAGUUGUUCAAGUGUUACACUUGUGGUGUAAGUGUCAAUUCUGAUGCUCAAUUGCAGGCUCAUCUCAAAGGCAGCAAACACAGAAACAAAGUACUUGGUAUUGAGCCUCAACCCAAGAAAAAAUUUAAACCCAAUCCACCUUCAAAACCAGCAGUACAGAACACAGCAGUGACAGCAAACCCAACAGGCUUCUAUGCAGACUACCAAACACAGAAUGCCAGCUACAGCCAGGGUACAGACGACUACAGCCAGAAUGCCAGCUAUGGACAGAACAUCAACUAUGGACAGAAUGCCAGCUUUGGUCAGACUUCCAGCUAUGGACAGCCAGCCAACUUUGGACAGAACCCCAGCUAUGGACAGACGGCCAACUUUGGACAGAAUUCCAACUAUGGACAGAAAAACAGCUUUGGUCAAGAUUCCAACUAUGGACAAAGUACAAACUAUUACAGACGAUUUCCUGGUUUGAGCUCUUCUUUUAUCAUGGGCUCACAGGCUGAAGAUGAUAAUGCAGCUGUUAGCACAAAUGUUGAACAACCAGCACCUAUUUAUAAUUAUUCAAUGGGAUAUUAAGUUCUUAGUGAAGAAACAAAUGAACCACUACAAAAUAAGAGACAUUCAAAUUGUUAAGUAUACUAUUGUUAUUUUUUUUCUUCUAUCCUGCUUUUUUUAAAAAUUGCUUUGUUUCCUUUUUUUUUUGUUCAAAAAAUUUAAAUAAGACUUGAGUAGAGAAU